UAAGUUUUUGAUGAAAUGGUCAGUCUAUCAAAAAUAUCAAAUAGCUGCAGGCGAUACAAUUUUCUGUCGUAUAAAUUCAUAUUAAUUCCAUAUAUUUUGGCUACUACUAUUUUGGAUGGAUUUUCGGCUCUUAAAGUAAAUGAGGAGAUUAAAGGAAGGUACCCAAUUCAUUAUGCGGCUGAUUUUGGUCAGUUAAAGGUGCUCGAGCUCUUGAUUCUAAAAGGAGCCGAUGUUAAUUGACCGGCAAAGUCUCAGUACGAAUUUCACCACUUAUUGGCUUACUGACUGGCCGUGUGACUAUAAACAUGUUUCCAAAAAGUUAUGAUUGAGCUUUGUGAUUUUUUUCUGUUUUCUACAUAUUUUUAAAGUCGUAAAACUUAGCGAAAAUUUUGAAGGACUAGAUACAUAUGUAUGUCCUUAAACUCUGCAGGUAGAUACUUGCCAGAUUUAAGUAAUUUUAAAUAAGUUUACUGCUGUUUUAAAAUCAUUUCCAUAGCGAUUUUUAAAGAAAAAAUAAUUGCUUCCGCUAAACUAAACUGUUUUCUCUAAUUGUCUAAUUUAAAUAUACAUACAUUUAUAAAAUUAUUUUUUAUACGAAAAAACAUCUAAAGUGUGGCUAAAAAAAUGUGGCCAUUGGCACACUUAGUCUUUAAUGAGCUAUGUAUGUUCUUGUAAAUUGCCCCAAUAUGAUUGAAGAAGGAUUCACCCUUAGAUCAAGCUCUUUGGUUGCCGAAUCACUAAAAUUUAGAAAAGUUAGAGGUAAAGAAAAAGACACCACAGAAUCUCACAGGAAAAUCAUUCUACAUUUUCCUAACCAAGCAAAAAUCGUUAUUAUCAAUAAAAAUGAAUUUAAUCUAAAAAUAUCCUCGAUACGGAGUGCUAUUGAGAUUUGGCAAGAUUUGGGGAAGGCAAGGAUGGAUGUGUAUAAGAAGAAUGUUCUUUCAAAACUUAUCCAGGCCUCCUCCUACUCUCAAGGGGUGAAAACUAUGGCGACUAUCCAUAAUUUUGAAGAUACAAGAAUACUGAAAGCGCAGAGUCAAAGAGAAUCAUACUUGAUUUGAGAAACACAUUGCAAUCGGAUCAUUAUAAUAUCCCGAAUGAAGAAAGCAAGUAGAAAGGCUACUGGCUCUUUGAACACCUGUCCUUCGAACACUAUUAAUGCAACUGCAACGCGCUUAUAAUUGCAUACGUAGAUCAAGAACAAUUACAAUUUUUCCACGAUAACAAAAAUUGACUUGAAUACUUGAUUCAUAUAUAUUUACCCAUGGAUAUGUGUAGGC